AUGAGGGUGGUUGCGUUAAUCAGCGGUGGAAAGGACAGCUGCUACAACAUGAUGCAGUGCGUCGGCGCCGGGCAUACCAUCGUGGCUCUGGCCAACCUCCAACCUGUUUUCAAAGAUGAGCUGGACAGUUACAUGUAUCAAACAGUUGGUCAUCAGGGUAUUGCCCUGUACGCAGAGGCUAUGGGCCUACCCUUGUACAGAGAGAUAAUAUCUGGUGUAGCUGUGGACCAAGGCAGGAACUAUAAGCCCACUGACAAUGAUGAGGUGGAAGAUUUGUAUAGGCUUUUGACAAAAGUUAAGAAUGAAGUAGAUAUAGAAGCGGUGGCUGUUGGAGCCAUUUUGUCUGAUUACCAAAGAAUUAGGGUGGAGAAUGUAUGUCAGAGGCUAGGUCUAGUAUCACUUGCGUACUUGUGGAGGAGAAACCAAAAAGAGCUGCUGCAAGAAAUGAUAGUCAGUGGUGUUGAAGCCAUCAUUAUAAAGGUGGCAGCUUUAGGUCUCGAUCCGCGGAUACACCUGGGCAUGACUAUCAAAGAAAUACAGCCCCAUCUUCUAGUCAUGCAAGAAAAAUAUGGACUCAACGUGUGCGGCGAAGGUGGCGAGUAUGAGACAUUUACGCUUGACUGUCCGCUGUUUAGGAAGAAACUAAUUAUAGAUGAAAAAGCAAUGGUGAUGCAUACCGAAGACCCAGUAGCGUCUGUCGGCUAUUUAAACUUAAAGUUACACUUAGAAGAUAAAGAGAAUUACGAAGUAAUAAAACUACCUCCAACAGUGAGAAACUCAUUAGAUUUUGUAAAAGACUUGAGCGAUACGGUGUUUAGCGACAUAAGUGAUAUAGAACUAAGUGAGACCGAACUAGAGUCUAUAGAGAAACUGGAGAAAGUUGAGAAAAUAAAGAAAAAUGAAUUUCACCCUCUGCUCACAUACUCCGGGGACAAUGUUGAAGGACUCAACUUGUGUGAUAACGAACUUGAAGAAAAUGUAGAGGACGGUUAUUACUACGAUGAAAUGCACGAUUCAAGUGAGAUAAAGCCAGUGUUGGAUCACAGAACGAUAUAUGGGAACAGACAUGGGUGGUAUUUCAUCGGAGGCAUUGUCGGUGAGGGUGUUGAUACAGCUGUAGCGACUAAGGACGCUAUGAAGAAACUCAUUAACCUACUCGAGUCGGAAAACUUGCGACUACCCGACGUCUGCUCGGUGAACAUAUACAUGCGCGAUAUGGACCAAUACGCGGCGCUUAACAAGGUGUACGUUGACACAUUCUCGUUUCCAAACCCUCCCACGAGAGUGUGCGUACAAUGCCCUCUACCGAAUGACGUUGGACUUAUACUGGACGGGGUUGCAUAUAAAGCACUCAACAAUAAUCAGGACAGCGACGGUGUAAUGAAGGAACGCGUCACGAUGCAUGUCCAAGGAAUAUCGCACUGGGCGCCGGCGAACAUUGGACCGUAUAGUCAAGCGUUUAAGGUGGGUGAAGUGGUCGGUACUUGCGGUCAGAUCGCUCUCGUGCCGGGCUGUAUGAAACUAACGGACGGGGGAGCGAGGGCGCAGUGUUCGCUCGCACUGAGACAUCUCACCCGAGUGUUGAGGGCGGCUCAUCCACGGGCUCACAUCCGGAGCGUUGUACAAAGCGUAUGUUACGUGACGGGUCGAGGAGCGGCUCGGGAGGCUAGAAGGCAACUCGAGCGGCGAACCGCGGGCGCUAUAGUACAGUGCGCUGUGGUGGAGGCAUUACCGCGGGCGGCCUGCGUCGAGUGGCAUGCCUGGGCACAUACGGAUAACAAUCGCUUCGAAUAUGAAGAAACCGGUUGCAAUGUCGGAGACUAUAAAGUGGCCAUUACGAGGAGGUGGAACUAUGAGAACACUGUCGCUGCUAUUGUUUGUUACGUCGCCACAGGUUCAUCCCCCUCUACGUGUCAAGUGUCUUUCGCCGACGCGGCCGCUUGCGAUCGACACCGCACGCAUGCGUCCAACAUGUCCGACAGUGACCUAGAAGCUGUGCUCGAAUAUGCGCUGCGAAAACUGCUCAACGACUGCCAAGAACGGGAGCCCUGCCCUGCGCUCUAUAUUAGGAUAUUCUAUCAGGUGUGGGGCUCCCCUACGCCGCAAUGUAUGUCAACUGCUGCAGCGAUAGUUGGCAGACGACUUAACUCCCGCGUGGCUUUAAGUGCUGUACCAGUCGUGGCGUUACACAACGCCUUCACUUUCCUCUCCAUCAGCGGCCUGCGCUUGCAGGAGUGACUCUACACGUACCAAGCCCAUAUGCAGAUGCUUUAUUGCCGUUUUAAAAAUAUAUUUGCUGAAUAUUUUUCAGUGUUUAUAAAAUUUUGUUAAUUAUGCUACCGAGUUUACCAUAUUUUAAGUCAAAAUAUAUAAAUUAUUUUUAUUGCAAAUC